AUGGAUACUCUACCUCAAGACAUCAUCGACCACAUCGUUACGUAUCUUUUGGCCGAUGGGUCCAAGCCACGACAACCUUACGCCUACCUCCACCCUCGCUUAUCCCGCGCAGCUCUCGCGACCGUCUCACGCCGCCUACAAACGGCCGUGGAGAGAUGGACAUUCCGAGACAUCAGGAUCAACAGCGAUGAGUUGGAAAAGUUGAUCGAAUUGCUCACGCCUGCGAGACGCACAUUCCUCGCUGGUCUCGAGUUCGUUCCUAUCCUUCGACGUUACAAGGAUGCUUCUAGCGCCCGAGCUGAAUCGCCAGCCGAACGCGCUGCCAAUGAUGAGAGCUACACGCGAGCCAUGCAGUCUUUGCUGGAAGCACUCAAGGCCUGGGAAGAAGAGGAUCCUCAUUCGGCCAAUUACCGUCUGAGGCUGUCCAUCAACGUUCCACAGUCCCGCAGUGACCGUGUCUGGCCAGGCAUCUUUCCUCAAUGGAAGGCCUUGCUGCCCAAAGGGAACUGCAUCUAUGAGGGCCGUUACCUACACUCUUACAUAGAUCUCCUACGCCCGGAGCAGCUACCAGAGGUCCAUAGAGUGAAUCACCUGGUCAUGAUACGUCCGGAUGAGAAACGCAUCCACCGGAAUGUUUGCCCCAAGGUGCCUUUCAUGUUGGCCUCCAAAAUGCCAAAUCUUGAAUCCGUUGAUUUCUCCGUGGAUGAUUCUGAAGAGCGUUUCCUUGACUUGCGGAGACUCAACCGCCAAGAAGCUGCAGAUGUCAUGAAAGGUGUGUCUCUUCCAGAGCUUAAGAGCGCUCGUCUUGACUUCUGGCACCGGAGAUACCGCAAUGAAGCCACUGUACCGCCACAUCUCCACGGUGUAAACAUUCCAGAUCCGCUGAGUGCAGCCGUCUGUGACUUUUCAAUGAGCCUCAUGAACCUCGAAGUGGCGGGCAUCUUUGAUCCCGGCCUGCUUCAGCCACUAAGCCAAGCCCCAUGGCCGAACCUCCAGACCUUCUCCAUCGAGCUUGAGCCUAUCUCGCCUUCUGGACAGUGGUACUUUCUCGAGAGCCAACCCCCGUCCCAGCCUCCAAUGGAUAGACCGUCGUCCGAGUUUAGCUACAAGAAUCUCCACCAAGAACAGUUCAGCUUCCGACGAGAGGCAUCGUACGCCAGCCAGAGACCAGCUGAUGCGUUCCGUGGCCGAGUUAACGAGAAGGCUCUGGCCCCAUUCGUUGAAGCCUACGCCAAUGCGCUAUCAGUUAUGCCAAAGCUCGUCUCGUCCAAGCUUGUUUGCAAUCUGGACUUUCACAGUGAGACUCUUCCAGAGCCUCCAUCAUUCCAGAUUGCCUACUUUGCGCCUGGGGCAUAUUCCAAGAGUGGCUUGGUGCACCUCAACUACAACACCCGCCAACUGGUAACGUCCUUACUAGGAUGGGUACCCAGCGCGGAUCUAAUGACCAAGCUACGUGGCAUUCAAGAUGCCUAUCGUAUUGAGCCCAUGAAGGAGAUGGAUGUUGGUGACUCGUUUGAGAAGCAGAUGGAGGCACUGCAGAUUUAG